GACCAACUGACCAACGUGUGGCAGCCCUCAUCAAACUCUAGCUCCCCUCUACCGCCAGGAGGCGUACCGAAUCAACAGCACCCACUAGGUGGCGCUGCAGCUUAUAACCAGACGCAUUCGUCCGGUGGCGCCCCUCAGCCGACGCAUCCUUCACCCGGCGUGACGUUCGACCCGAGUCAGAGAAACAUCAAUAAGAAAGUUCUACCCAAGAUAAUCUGUGGCUCGUUCCUGCCAAAACCCUUCCCAGGAAGCACGGCAACAACAACGCCCCCUGCUGGCGACGCCCAAGGCUGGAGGUCUAUGGGUACCCGGCUGCGCGAGGAGCUGACGCAAGGGCAGCCGCCCCGACCAGCAGAGGGCAGCACGAGCUGCGCAACGCCACCUGGUGUCGAGCUGCGGGAACCCGCGGCUCGUGACGCGGAGGCGGCAGGAUUGCGAGAAUUGAAUCGGGUUGAUCUCGCGAAUGCGACGCAGCCGGACAUGUUGUCUGGCGGUCAAGACCUGGUGCACACGGCCACUCAAGAGCUUAAUCUGCGGAACCAACCGGCAUUUGGUCGCAGUGACACUCAGAACGCGUCCAUCCACAUCAACUGCGAACCGACUGCAAGGAAAUCAUCACAGGAGCAGCAACAACAGCAGCAGCAAAAACAGCAGCAGCCACAACAGCAACAGCCACAACAGCAGCAGCAGCAGCAGCAGCAGCAGCAGCAACAGCAGCAGCAUCAGCAGCAGGAGCAUCUGAAGCGCAGGUUGCGGCCACGAGGGGGUGCCAGCAGCAGCAACAAUGACACGUUCAUCAGCGAGGUGUCGUACUUCUCCGACUCUUCGCGAGCAUCCUCGCCCGACCGCACCUUCACCUCGACCCUCGACAUCAGCGAGGGAGAGGCGAGUGAAGCCGACGACGACGACGUGGUCGUCGGCAGCAGCGCCACCGUCGCUGACAUGCGCAAGGACUUGCAGGCCAUGGAGAGGAACCUCCUUCGCGAUCUCGGAGAGUUCGACCAAGGCAGCUACCUACCGUUCGCCCCGGCCGAACCCCAUCCUGCCCCCGCCGAACCCCAUCCUGCCCCCGCCGAACCCCAUCCUGGAUCCUCUAAUCCUUACACUGUCACGGCUGAUCCUUACACUUUUGCCGCGAAAACUUACACCGUCGCCGCGGAAACCGACGGGCAAACGGACGAGCAGAAAAUGGUCGGCACGAUCCCGGUGCGCCGCUCGUCUGUCACGCGCAUGCGCAAGUUCUUCGACUCGCCAGGAGAGGGCGCCGGUGCAGCGGACGCGGCGACGGAGAAGCGCGCGGCUCACCUGUACGGCCUCGACGACGCGUUCCCGCAGCGCAUCGCGGGCGGACGCGCCACCGCCGUCGAGACCGUGAAUGCCGUGCUCGAGUCUCGUCUCACCGGCCGCCUCCCCCUGCACGUCCAGCCGUCAGAGGACGGCGGCAAAGCGCAAACACCGAUCGGGGAUGACGAGCCACCACCGUCAAAACAGACGAGUGGUCCUCCCGGGGUGCAUGACCGUGCAGGGAUGUUUAGGGUAAAUCAGGAGGGGAGCGAUUAUCCAGUCGAGCAUCCCGGUCUGCCCGCGUUCGUGAGUGAAGUGUCUGCUGUGACUGACAGCGCUGUCCUCCUCUCGCAGGCAAGCCCUCCGUCCCAGCGUGUCUCCGCAGCGGCGUCGAGUAAUGCCGCGACACCAGAGGUUGCCACGUUAGCUCGCGGUGAGCAGCGGUGGGUGACAGCGAUUGCUAGUCCGCAGCAGGAUCCUUCUGUUGUCUGGACUGUGAGGGAUAACUCUGGGCGUGGCCAACAGGUGGCGCAGCAUGCUGCUGCGGACGUUAAACCACCGUGGCAACAGGAAGCGAUACGGUCGCACCCUGACUGCACUGAGACUGUAGCUGCCAGUCACCUGCCCAGCCACCAGCACCCUCCACAUCACCCCCAUAGCCACCUCCAGAUACAGCAGCAGUUGCUUAACCAGCAACCUGGCCUACAGACCCACAACCAACAAACUACAGAGCAGAACCACAGCCACACAGCCUCCCGACAUCCAGCUCAUGCUGACCAACCCGUCCAGCUAAUCCACAGCCAACAGCCUCUUCCUGUUCAACAAACACAUAGUUACGAACCAGCGCAAGAACCCUACGCAACCUAUCCCAUCCAAGACCACAACCACCAACCCACUGAACACACCUACAGUGAUCAACCUAAUCAACUGACACACUCUAACCAACCCGGCCAACAGUCCUACAUGUCACAUUCUAUUCAACCGCCCCACCAACCGAACUAUAGUGAUAAUUCUGGCCAGCGCACUGGCCCUCAUCCAGUUGAUUACAGUUCUGGCGUGACACCACAACACGUGAGUGAACCAUCUGACAUGCAGCAGAACCAGCCGGCACCAGCGCUAGUGUCUCCCCUGCCAGGCACACCGGCUCAGCUUCGCAUGGGCACAUCGCUGGUGUCACCGCGCCAGCAAGAAGAGCCAGACUAUGACGAGCUUCCCUAUGCACCAGUCAACACUGACCAUCAAGGUCUUCCGAAAGUGCCACGCAUGGGCACCGGUCAACAGAUAAGUGCUAAUUCAGCGACGGUCAGUAGCCCGCGAUAUGUGGAUAGUCAGUCUGAGCAAAGCUUUGUCAUUGGUCAAGAUGCCAGAGUGGUUGCUGGAAGCCCCGAGGCGUCUCAAUCAAACCCACGUUACCAUAGCAACCACGUCUUUCAAGGUAAUCCUGAAUUUCGAAGCCAGCAAACUGCAUACCAGGGUAACCCAGGGCAACAAAUGAAUCCUGCAUACCAGGGUAAUCCGGGGCAGCAAUUUAGCUCUGAAAACCAGGGUAACCCUGGACUCCAAGGACAAAAUAUGAACCCUACAGAUCAGGGUAACCCUGGACCCCAAGGACAAAAUAUGAACCCUACAGAUCAGGGUAACCCUGGACCCCAAGGACAACAAAUUAACCCUGCAUACCAGGGUAACCCAGGACAACAAAUGAAUCUUGCAUACCAAAGUAACCCAGGACAACACAAUAAUCCUGAAUACCAGAGUACCGGGAUCAACAAAAAAUCCCUGGGCAUACCAAAGGUAAUCGGCCAGGAAACAAAUUAA